AAUUGUUUUUAUAUCGCUAUUAUGCAGUGUUGCCACAUGUUGGGUUUUUAAUUGGGGGUCGUUUUUACGUCAAUGUCGGAUCGUUUAUCCCGAAUUUUUUUGCUUCUUCUCACCUCAAGCCGUCCUCGUUUACUCCAGAAGGCUCUCGGUUAUUAUUUAGAGGUCUACGAUUGCGUUGAUGCUGAGAGUUUGUCGGUUGCGGCUGGAUUAUUGAACAGUAAUCAUAAUUUUUGAUAGAAAAUGAACGCGGUAAUUAAGCAGAGGGGGGACUUAGGUAACCGGACGAUUUAUGAAUAAAUAAUAUUUAAUGGCUUUCUGCUUUCAUUUCCGUAUCCCGUCGGCGUCCCGUCUCUCUCUGGAGCGUGGACAAAGAGACUCGUCCUUCGUAACCUAUUGUAUCACAGGAAUUUUUGUAAAGGAGCAAAAUUUUCCUUCUUAAUUGCGUAGGCCUACCGAUGUGGAGGCCUAGGCUAAGCCGUACUCCUUAGGGUCGCCCCGGGGGAGGGGACCGAAUCCCCGAGUUCGAGAAAGCCGUUGAGCCAUGGAAACCAUUGUGUAUGCAGGUGUAAGUGUUGACAUCCCCUCUGAUAUAUGUCAAGAUAUCAAUCUUCUCUUUGAUAUAAUAUCGCCUGAAACAUGGAAUAAUCAACUCACAGAUGACCACCGUGAAAUGCUUAUG